GACUGUUUAUAACAAAAUUAUGGGAAGGCUGGGGGAAGUUUUAACAAAUUUAUCAAUUAUACGUUAAAAAUUACAUAGUCUGGUCAGUAGUCAAAUCAUAUCAUUGGUGUUCGAAAUUCACAUGAAAUCGGUACCAGAAUAAGCAGAGAUGAACAUAUCCACUGGAAUGAUAUUAAGACCACCUCUUCAAAACCCUGCAAAUACUCAUGGCAAUGACAAGGCCUUUCCCUUCACAUCCUUGAGCUUUCAUCCGAGCUCUGGAAAGUCUUCCAUUUCACUUAGAAAGCCAGGUUUUAUGUGCUUACAUUCCAAGGCACUACAAUGUACUGGCGUGGCCAGAUUUAACAAAGAUUUUAAAGAAGUAUCCGUUCACGAUAAACAUAUAAACAAGGAGGUCAUUGCCCUCACUCCUCAGUUAUAUGACUACAUCUUAGCCAAUGUUCGCGAGCCACAGAUUCUCCGGGAGCUUCGCGAAGAGACGUCUAGGAUGAGCGGGAGUCAGAUGCAGGUAUCACCUGAUCAAGCACAAUUGCUAGCAAUGCUCGUUCAAGUGCUUGGGGCGCAGUGGUGCAUUGAGGUUGGAGUUUACACUGGAUAUUCAUCUUUAGCUGUUGCCUUGGUGCUACCUGAGACAGGUCGUUUGGUAGCUUGUGAAAGAGAUGCUAACUGUCUUGCCAUGGCUAAAAGGUAUUAUCAACGUGCUGGUGUGUUGGGCAAGGUAGAAGUAAGGCAUGCGUUGGCAAUCGAUACUUUACAUGAUUUACUUAACCAUGGUGAAGCUAAUAGAUACGAUUUUGCCUUUGUUGAUGCUGAGAAAAAAAUGAAUGGUGAAUACUAUGAGCUACUUUUACAAUUGGGGACAGCUAAUCACCCAUAGGAUGCUCGGGGGAUGUUUGGACAUCCAAUCACCGUACAGGUGCAGCUAGUCAUCCCCAGCCAUUUCCUCCUGCAAAUUUUCCAUUUUGGAAUGUUUCCAUUUUUUUUCAGAAAUCAGUUAUGGAUAGGAAUGUUCUUCCCUAUCUCUACAACCUAGAAAUGCGCUCUAUAGGAAGUGGGUCAAAAUAUGUAGGGGGAUACCUCCCAAGGGUAAUUAGAGUUUUUAGAUUUUUAUAAUGUUCAAAACUGAUUUUGUGAAGGUAGUUAAUAGUGACUACAAUCUUAAAUGACUCUAGUUACCAUGAUUACCAUGUUCAUAUUAUAAGCAGAAACGUAUUCUUUAAUACUCUUGUCCACAAAUAGUUAAGACUGUAUAAAUGUGAAGCAGAUUUACAUAUAGCCUUAAAUAAAAGUAAUGUAAUAAACCUCAUUGAUCUCCAUAAUUUAGUGUAAUGUGGAAUCCAUGGAUAAAUAUGUACUCACAAAAUAUGCAUUGCUUAUUUGCUACUUCUAGCUGGUGCAGAAGUUUUAUUAUGAUCGUCGAGCAAAAACCUCAGACAAAAACUAAGUGGGUUACUAUGUAUAGUAACUUAAAAAAUUCCUCGGUCUUCACAAGGGAGAUCUCUUGUGGCAAGAAAGUGUAGUAGCUACGAUGGGACCUAAGAAAUCAUCUCGCCUCAAUAGUGUUUCAAAUUCCAUUUCUUACCUUUGCAUAUCAAAUUUAAUUAGAAGCUUCAUUUCUCUUCCAUUUGUUUGAUUUUGUUUUGAAUUACCAUAAGCUAAUCUUAGGGGUUAAUGUAGCAAGAUUUCACAUUUAAGCAACAUAGAUUCUAUAUUUGUCUUGAUUCGGUUCAAUGAAAUUAAAGGAUGACACUUACAGAAUUUUGCAUUUUAUGAACUUGGC